CAGAGCAUCGUUCUUCAAGCCAAGGACCCUUGUCAUCCAUUAGAGCGGUAAUCAAAAGAUCACUCUUGAAUAGUGCACAGCACAAUGCCCCGUGGAAGAGCUUCUCGGACCUGUAUUCAAAGUGAACUUCAUCGGGAUAGGAGGCGCCCAGAGAUCACCAUUGUGGCCGCAGAGCCACUGAGGCCAGCCUCGUGGUUCCCAGUAGCUCCACCACCACCGGGACUGGGAUUUCCCGCCACGCCUGUAGCAGGCCCUUGGAGACCCAAUGACUUGGUUCCUGCCGAGCUCCCGCCCUCCUAUGAGCAAGUGAUAAAAGAAAUCAACCAAGUUCAGGUUAACGCUACCAACAACAAUGCUGCCGCUGCUCCAAGGAGCACUAUUACUUCUGCGACUCAGACCGACUUUCCGGAAGAAGUAGACAGCGACCUGCCUCAAACACUACAGGCACCUCUCAAGCCUCUUCAGCCUUCACCAGCAGCCUCAGUUGGUGAUCUCCCCGCAAGUGUAGCACCCUUAAUAGUCUUUGAUAUUUCUGAGGAACAAAACUGCCCUGAGAACCCCAAUGCUACAAGAUGUCCAGUGCCAAGGCCAAGAUCAAAAAGCAACCUCAGACCAGUAGCUAGGGAUGGUAACAGUAAAGAGAAGAGUAUCCAGAAAAGCCCAGGGACCCCCAGAGAAGACUGGCCACCCCAGUGUCUGCUGGACAGCACCUGCAGUUUAGACAGUCAGGCAGUGAUGAACAUUAUGAACACAGAACAAAGCCAAAAUAGUAUUGUUUCCAGGAUCAAAGCAUUUGAGGGUCAGACAAAUACAGAAAUCCCAAGUCUGCCCAAGAAACCAGAGAUUCUUCCCCGCACAGUUCCCCCGAAGCCUGCCGUUUCCUCAGGGAAACCCCUGGUGGCGCCCAAGCCAGCUGCUAAUAGAGCUUCUGGAGAAUGGGACUCAUGGGCCGAAAACAGGCUCAAGGUAACUUCCAGAGAAGGGCUCACCACAUACUCAUCGCCACAGGAAGCCGGAAGCAUCCCAGUAACCAAACCCGAAUUGCCAAAGAAACCAACUCCUGGCCUUACACGAAGUGCGAACCAUGAGAUUUCGGGACGAAGGCCCAUAGCCGAGAGCCCUGAUGCCGGGAAGAAAGUCCCAACUCCGGCUCCCCGGCCUUUGCUGCCGAAGAAAUCAGCCUCCACGGAUGCCCCAGCUUACCCUUCGGUUCCACCAAAACUGGUUUCGGUUCCUCCCCGGCUCUCAGUAGCAUCCCAAGCCAAAGCGUUCAGGUCACCGGGAGAAGGGCCGCCACCCAACCCCCCAGUUCCAGCUCUGCAGAGCAAAACCCUGGGGGACAUCGACCUCAUCAGCUUCGACGAUGAUGUUUUGCCCGCCUUGGGGAGCCCGGCAGAAGAACCCACUGGUUCUGAGAUGGUUCUAGAUCCCUUUCAGCUUCCCACAAAAACAGAACCAACAAAAGAAAGAGCCGCUCAGCCAGCACCCACCAGGAAGCCUACUGUAAUUCGAAUCCCAGCCAAACCAGGAAAAUGUUUACAGGAGGAUCCACAAAACCCACCUCCUCUUCCUGCCGAAAAGCCUGUCGGAAACACUCAUGGUGCAAUAUCUGGAAAGCUCAGUAAUCCUGACAGAACUAGAAACCCAGAACCGGAGCAAGCCAGCGAAUCGGGAGGCUCGGUACAAGGACCCCCCAGGCUGCCACCAAGACCUGUACACGGAAAAGUCAUUCCACUUUGGAGGCCUCCUCCCAAAGGGGCCCCUGAGAGACCACCCCCUCCUAAACUUUCAGCAACCAAAUCAUCAAGUAAAAAUCUGCCUUUUAGUCGGUCCUCUUCUGACAUGGAUCUUCAGAGAAAGCAGAGUCACUUGGCAUCUGGCCUCUCAAAAGCCAAGAGUCAAGUCUUUAAGAACCAAGAUCCGGUGCUACCCCCUCGUCCCAAACCAGGGCACCCCCUCUACAGGAAGUACAUGCUGUCUGUGCCUCAUGGAAUUGCCAAUGAAGACAUUGUCUCCCAAAGCCCCACGGAACUCUCUUGUAAGCGAGGGGACGUCCUUGUGAUCCUGAAGCAGGCAGAAAAUAAUUACUUGGAAUGCCAGCGGGGAGAAGGCACUGGCAGAGUCCACCCGUCCCAGAUGAAGAUCGUCACCCCGCUUGACGAGCGCCCGAGAAGCCAACCUAACGAUUCAGGCCACGCUCAGAAGCCUGUUGACAGUGGCACGCCUCACGCUCUGGUUCUCCAUGAUUUCUCAGCAGAAGAAGCUGACGAUCUGCGUCUCACAUCUGGAGAGAUUGUUUAUCUUCUUGAAAAAAUAGAUGCCGAGUGGUACAGAGGGAAAUGUAGAAACCAGACUGGCGUAUUUCCUGCCAAUCACGUCAAAGUCAUUGUUGAUAUACCAGAAGGAAGAAGUGGAAAAAGAGAAUCAUUUUCAUCUCACUGUGCUAAAGGCCCACGGUGUGUUGCUCGCUUCGAGUAUAUUGGCGACCAGAAGGAUGAGUUGAGCUUCUCAGAGGGAGAAGUCAUCGUUCUUAAGGAGUACGUGAAUGAGGAGUGGGCACGAGGAGAGAUUCGAGACCGAACUGGCAUCUUCCCCCUUAACUUCGUGGAACUUGCUGAGGACCACCCCACGCCCGGUGCAGGUAUUCUAAGCACAAAAGCACCGCCAAAGACCAAAAAUGAAGACCCUGGCGCAAAUUCUCAGGAUAGCAGCCCUUCUGAGGAAUGGUGCAAAGCGCUUCACAGUUUCACAGCAGAGACCAGCGAGGACUUAUCCUUCAAGCGAGGAGACCGGAUCCUGAUCCUUGAGCGGCUAGACUCUGACUGGUUCCGGGGCAGACUGCAGGACAGGGAGGGCAUCUUCCCAGCAGUGUUUGUACAGCCCUGCCCAGCUGAGGCAAAAAGUACGGCUGCCGCAACACUGCAGGAGAGGAAGGCCAAAGCCCUGUAUGAUUUUCUUGGGGAGAACGAGGAUGAACUCUCUUUCAAGGCUGGAGAUGUAAUAACGGGGCUGGAGCCCGUAGAUGAUGACUGGAUGAGUGGAGAACUAGUGGGAAGAUCUGGAAUCUUCCCCAAAAGCUACGUCCAGUUUCUGCAAGCCAGCUGAAGGUGAAGCCCGGCUGCUCCUUGGCACGAGAACUCACUUGAACCUUCACUUUGACUAUCAGAUAUUUUGCACUAUUUUUGUAAUGGAAAGAGAAGUAUCUAAGAUGUCCAUGGUACACUAGGAUUUCUGAGAGCAGAAAACUUGUAGGCUUUAUAGCCUAGCUUCAUUCGUAGUGGAAAGGUGUACGUGGAAACCACCAUGAGUGAGGAAGCCAGCAAGGAAA